CGUCUUCGCAGAGAUGAGAACCUUCCGGCGAGCAGUGCCUGCUACACGACGUCAAAGCGCACAGCCAAGUUGCGGACCAGGUUCGGAACGGACAUCAGAAAGCGGGUGUGAACCUCCGAAAGCGACCUGGCUGCUAAGCAGGAGUUCGGUUCUCGAGCCGUUUUCCAUGGGAGUCCCGGAGCCACCAGACGUCCUCCUAUCGCCAGCUGUAGCAUGUGUGCGUGGAGUUCGAUCCUCGAGCCGGUCUCCCGUGGCAGUCCCGGCGCCACCCGACAGACCAUUGAGUUAUGGCAGUAAAGACACCAGUGUUAAACUUGCACAUGAUGCCUGCAUGGACGACAGCCUUAUUGGAUCUGGCUACUACUGGAACAAUCAGAACACUAAAUAA